GUGGUCUCACACUCCAAUACAGUAGGUGGCGGUGUAUGCACCUUUCAGUUGGUUGCGAUCCGAAAAUACAAAUGUAAAUAAGUAGUAAACGGAAGUGAAUAGUGAUCGAGAACAAUUUUCACGUUAGCGUUUUUGUUUUGUUAUUUAGACAUUUAUUAACACUCUGGAACUCAGUGCGAUUCAUUUUAAUUGAAAAACAUAAUAUACUUAACUCGGGUAGUCUUUAAUUCGCGUUGAAGACAGGACUUGGUUGAUAGAUGUUAUCUAGGUAACGCUAGCUAGCUGCUAACGUUAGUUAACAAUGGCUAACGGUAUGGUUUUUCACACUCAAAUAGCCUCGAUUAUGGAGGUGCUAGCGAAUGCAGCAGUGGCAGAGAUCUGUAAACUCGUAGACGACGACUAUGCAGUGUUUCGUUUGGAAAUAACUCAAAGCCAGAAAGAAAACAGGGGAUUGCGGAGGAAACUACAGCUACUGGAACUGAAGGUGGCACGGGAGCGCGCAGAGAGGACAAUACGAGAGCGCGUCCUCGCCAGUCGUCCCAGUAGUGUCAAGAUCCUCGACCGAUACAGAGGAAUGGCUAGAGGUGAAGGACAUCUCACCGGAGGCACCAGGAGCUUUGUAAAGCCGGCGGGACACAAUACAUGGAGAGAUGACCAACCCAUAGCUGUAGAUGAGGGGAGUGGAACCUCAACCCAGCAUGUUAUCAUGAUAGAGUCUGCAGAUGCAGAGGCUGCAGGUCCUGAAGGAUUGUCUCUGGUCAAGAAGGAGAGGACUGAAGGAGAGGACCCACUGCACAGCGGAGACAUCCAGACUGGAGCAGUGGCUACAGUGGCACCUCCUGUAGCCACGGAGGACCUCACGACUGCCACCUCGCCCCAGCCCAGGACCGGACACAGCAUCACGGAGGAGGAGGAGGGUCCAGAGGUGCUGCUGGUGAAGGAGGAGGGUCUGAGGAACCCUGAGGGGAACAUGGUCAUGGAGGACAACCAGACUACACCUCCUCCUGAACCCACAGAGGAACCAGCUGAGCAGCACAGGACCACACACAGUCUCACUGAGUCAGUAGACAUGGAGGAUGGGAAGCCUGAUCUGCUGCUGGUCAAAGAGGAGACAAUAGAAGACGAACCAGAGAGCAUUGAUCUGCUGAGUGGGCUAAAGAUGGGGGAGCAAGAUGGUUGGCCAGAGGCUAACAGAGGGGACUGGGCAGUCAUCUUGAAUUCCCAGACCCAGACAGGUGCAGCCAAGGGCCCGGGGGAUGACAUCACUGAGCAGGGCAGAACCAGAGGUGAUACAGUGGAGUCUGCAGUCCAUGAAGACCUGAGGAUAUCUGGUGUUGCUGGCAGGAGAGACUGGGCCUCUGAGGUGGCUGGUCACAAACCUUGGCUCCUGAUCAGGACCCUGAAUCAGGAGCCAUCGCUCUUCCUUCCCGAGUCGGAACGGGGACCGAAUCGCGAGGGACUGAGACUCCACCAAUACACAGAACACAAUCAGUGGACAGGUGGACUGAACAACAGUCCUGGUGGUCAUCAGAGAGACAGAGGCUCCAGUCAGGGAUCCAGUCUGCAGCCCAGGCCCUUCUCUUCACAGUCUCAGUGCAGGGAUGAAGCAGGGCCUGGGGCUGACAUAGAUAAACCCUCCUGUUCCUAUGAUACAAACACCACAGUAUCCAUGAUGAACAGAGCAGGUCACCCUGAGCUUCAUCCUUUACAGAGAGUGGUGGGAGACCCCCCUGGUGAUAGUCUAGCAGCAAGUCUGUCUUCUCCUUCAGGGUCUCGUCUAAUGCCUGUUGACUGGGUUCAUAGAAGUCCUGGACCUGGGUCUAGCCUUCCUCAGCUACCUCAUGGUUACCCCACCAAUACAGACAGGGUCAGGAUGGGCUUUCACCACAAGAGGUACCUAGCCUAUAACACAGCACACAAUCCAAACAACACCCAAACAAUGGCUAGAGGUCAAGGAGGGAGCUCAAACACUAACCACCUGAGGGUGGUGGCUUCUGCUUCUACCUCCUCUGGUGUCAUUGGAUCACAACGUGGGAGGCCUAGCGUUAGCACGGACGAAGAAAAGCCAUACACCUGCCCCACAUGUGGGAAACGCUUUGCUAAGGCGACCUAUGUGAAGAAGCACCAGACCAUUCACAUCAAGGAGAAGCCCUUCAAGUGCAAAUUAUGUCACAAGAGCUUCUCAUUCCUGAGUUACCUUAUCAGACAUAGGAGUGUCCACAACAGGGAGAAAUCAUAGCUUUGUGUCCUGAGAUGUACACAGGGGAUAUCUGGAAACAAUUAUUUAGCUGAAAUAUUAUAUUUCACAGGGGAUAUCUGGAAACAAUUAUUUAGCUGAAAUAUUAUAUUUCACAUGUGAAAUGUCCUGGAGUUUUAGGGGGAUUACCAAGUCUCUCAGUUGAGCAUCUGGGUAAACUCACAUUCUCACAUGAUACAGACAUAUUGUUUGGUGUGCUGGCAUAGCCAAAACACUGCCAUGUUACUGAAGUGUAACACUAUAUUCCCCAUCUGAAUUUGGUUUUGCUUAUGUUCUAUUCAUAAUAAAUAUGUCCCUCAU